AUCUCUCUAGCCACGCGACUUGGCUUUUUUUUACUAGUUUUGAUAUAGUUUAAUACAAUAAUUUUGCGUAUCGUCGCGUGUUGUGUUCUUAUCACACCGAUCCAUAACUUGGUUGUGCACACAGCAAUUGUUGUUUGUUGAGAUAUAUAUGCUCGAAACGACUCUCACGCACACACACACAGGAAUACCUAAAAGUCGAGCGGAAGAUGAAAGAGACAAGUGGUUGGAGCUACCGAAUCGUUUUGAAAUGGUGUAUUAUUGCGGUAACGCGCGUAGCUGUCAUCAUCGGCUGCCACCGAUCGUUCUAAUCGGUGAUAGCACCGCGAUACACGAUGAAACGAGGCGAUUAUAACGCAUACGUAUUGUAGGUGGGGAUCGUCGACGCAGGAGAGAACGAGGGAGGAAAGGAGAGCAUACCGCGGGUACUAUCCUCCGUGCCGGUGGUCCGCCGCGCGAGCGACGACGUUCGCUAUAAUGCGAUAGUGCUGGUCCGCGCGUUUGGCGGUUAGCGGUUGAUAAAAGAUAGCGGUUGUACCAAAGACAAGUCAGUAGUCAGCCCGACCUGCUCGGAUGCUCGGAUGAUCGGAGGGUUGCUGGAUGAGGUGGAUGCGACGGCCAACUCUUUUACAUCUUUCUUUUUCUUUUCCUCCCUUUCUCUUUCUUCGAUCCUAGCGAUCGUCCUCGACGAGUGCCAAGAUCGGGUUGUGUGAUAUAUUUGGAGGAAAUAACAUUGGAGGAAAAAGUUUCAUGGCCAGGGUCAAUCCAUCGCUGGAGCAAGGCGUCGUUGACCGAGUUUACGCUUUCUCAGAAGGCUAAAGUUGGCCUAAACUGAUCAAGUACCACGAGAGAAGGUAUGCCAUCGUCCUUGCCAGAUAGAAGAUUCGUUGGCCAUGUCACGACGACGGCGACGACGAUGACGAGGAUGAGGCAGAUAAGUCGCCGCUCGAUUCUUCAAGUUGACUACGACGUGCGUCUUCCUCUCUCUUCUUCCCUCUUCCCUUCUCCCUUCUGUCAUCCACAUAGUAUGGAUAAUGACGACUACUAAGUUCGAUCCGGAUUGGAUAAGGAUGGUCGAGCUGCGUGCGGCUGGUGCCAGGAUGACUGGGAGCCUAGACGCGAGAUCGUCGAAUCACCUGCACUAUGCCAUCCUGACCAUCUUGGAUACGAUAUUCUCCGCGCUCGUAGCCGCGCCGGCGGUGGUCGGUUAUUGGCGCGGCACUUGGGAACUGAGCGACUUGUACGUCUACCCGGACGAGCCGGUGUUUAGCAGCUUCGCGUCGAUCGCGAUCGGUUUCACCGGCCUCUUUGCCUUCAGCGUGCUGCAGCACGGCCUGGACGACGUUCUGCAUCCGGACAAGCACCGGCUCUCGUACUAUCUCGGCUCGCGCUUCUACACCGGCGUGUUCGGCUUCUGUUGCGUCAACGCCUGGCGCGGUGCCUGGAAGGCCCUGGACAUCUAUACGGAGCUGACGCCCGGUACCGUCUCUGCCACGACCGUCGUUAGUCUCCUCGCGCUCGGCAUCAUGCGCGCGGUCCGCAACGUAUCCGCGCCGCCGUUCUCGCUCGUUCUCGACUCGUGUCCGGGUUACUUUGAAGUGCAGACUAUGUUUCGCGUCAACAAUACGAGGGACUGGUCGUUGUACUUAUUGGAUUGCGCCUUCAGCGUCGGUGUCGUCGGCACGUUGGUCGUCUUCGUCUGGAGAGGAGUCUGGCUCUUGAUCGACAUUUACCUGUUUCCGGAAAGCCCCGAGUAUUCUGCCGUUGGCUCGCUGGCUAUCGGCUAUUUUAUAGUCGCCGUGACGUUUUCUCUACAACCAUUGAUGCGGUACAUCUGCGCGCGCCUUCAGGGUCUAGUUCGCUUGAUAGUCGCGGACGCUUUUCUUCUUCUGAGCUUUCUGGGAACCGUCAACGUCUGGCGUGGUAUAUGGAACGCGCUGGAUCUUUGGCUGCUGCCGGACAAUCCGGAAUUGUCCUGCUGGAUCACUCACGUUGGCUGCUUCCUUCUCCUCGUUCUUCUCAAUUGUAGCAACACCAUUCUAGUUCGUGGCGUUUACAUCGAUGCCGAGGAAGAGAGGGGGGAGUGCGUGGUGUUUCCGUGUCACUAUCUUCGAUUAUUCUUCAAGAUCGAACGCGAGAAAAAGCGAGCGCGACAGCGCAAGUUGUUGGUAGCCUCCCAAGAUUUCGUCGGUCGUACCGACGUAAACGAGAAGGACGGUGAAAACGGGACUUUCCUACCGAAUAAUACCACCAUUAUUCCUGCGAAUACGGAUUCUCUUGCAUAGAUCGAUCUUUGUCCUACACAACGUGCUGUGUACGAACAAGUCAUCUUUUUAAGGGACUAGUGCAAGUGCGGUGAUUGCCGUAGUCGUGCUUAAAUUUUCGUUAGCAGAUAACUUUCGAAAGGUCUCUCUUUCGCGCGCUAGCAACAAGCCGUCGCUGACGAUCGCGAGCCAGGAUGGAAGAUUGAAAGAUCGCCGCUAUCACACGUCUGGAGGAGGGAGGGAAGGGCUGAGUGGAGUACAUACUUAAUAUAUGGAAAAUCAAGUACGCCACUCGCCUAACUCGGCGAUUCGCCCGAUUAAUCCAUGGCUCUAUGGAUCAUCCGUGUAAGAGGAUUAUUUUCGAUAAUAAUACACGGAGCCAAAAGAAGAAUACCGUUGCGAGAAAGAUGAAUGGCUGUGAACGAAUGUAUACCAAGUGAACAACAACGUUGCGACAAGACGAUUUCUAGUGACUCUAUAUACGUCCAACAUUAUUGCAAGUUUUGCAACGCAAAAGAGUAAUGUACGAUACACGAGAGUGAUUCUUUUCUUGCCAUUCAAAUAACCCAAGUUGACAAGUUGCAAGUAGAAAUUGACGCUGCCGUCGAGUGUUUUAUCCGUAAAAUUUCUAUAGUUGACUAUAGCCAGCUUAUAGCGCUUACCGCAUGUAUGCAUAGGUACGUGUGCGUGUGUAAUGAGAGAAAAAAAUAUAUAUAUAGAAAGAUAUUUACAUAUUUAUUUGAUGAAGAUGUGUGGGGUAGGGAAAUAAAUAUGCAUUUGCUA